AUGGCAUCAUCGCUCCCGCUGCGAUCCUUACGGCCCACCCUUGUGAGGUGGCGCGUCUCCAGCCGGAGGCCCGCCAGCACCAGCGCCGCCGAUGCAACCAAACAGAUGCUGGAUGCCUUUGAGGGCAAAGGCAUCACCAAGACCCAGGUCCUGGACGGGCCGCAGCUACAGAAGCUGAGCCUGACGCUGAACCGGCCCCAGCUGCACCGCAGCCUGGACGUCUCCUCCCAGGCCCCACCCGCCGGGACGCCGUUGCCGCCCGGGUACCAUCUGGUGUACUUCUCGCCCGCGUCCGUCGAGUCUGAGCUCGGCACCGAUGGCACGGACAGGACGUUCAAUGCGCCGGCGCCCUUCUCGCGGCGCAUGUGGGCGGGCGGGCGCAUGUACUGGCCCAAGCCGAGGCUGUGCAAGCUGAAGGUCGGGGACGAGGUCGAGGAGCGGACGCGGCUGGUGGGUGCGACGCCCAAGAAGGCUCGAGACGGGUCUGAGAUGGUGCUUGUGGAUGUAGAGAAGGAAUUCUGGGUCGAUAAUGGGCUGGCCUUGGUCGAUCAGAGGGAAGGGUCAAGCAGCCAGGAGGGAGCCAUUGACGGCUCCUUUUACACCUUCCUCCAUAAGCGAUGUGCUCCCAAAAGACGCAGGUUUGUUUAUCCACUUGAGACUACGCAGAUAUACCUCGAAUUGAAGCUAAGGAGAAACGAUAAACCUGCAGAAUAUCCAGAGAGGAAACUGAGUUGGUCGCCAGUAGCGCUCUUCCGGUUCUCGGCUCUGACGUUCAAUGCGCAUCUCAUUCACUACAAUGAGACUGCCACCAGAGAGACUGAGGGACACCCAAACGUGGUCGUCCAUGGACCGCUAAACCUGAUCAACAUCCUGGACUACUGGCGGGACAUGUAUAGCGGCGAGAAACAGCUGAGAGAGAUCAGCUACCGAGCCAUGUCGCCGCUGUAUGCCGGGGACGAGUAUCUCAUCCGUACCGACUACUCGAGGGACUUUGACGACGAGCAAACAUGGGAUAUCGUGGUGGAGAAGGAGGGAGUGACGUGCAUGAAGGCCGAGAUUGUGGCUGCAUGA